AUGCUGAACUCAGUYUUCUCCUCGGCCUUUGGCCUCGUCGGAGCCAUUUACUGCACCAGCGUGGCCUCUGCYGGUUUGGCCAUCGGACCAAAGUGUCUUGUGGGUGAAAAGUGGAAAUACCCGUUUGAGGACACAGGGACUGGUAACACCAGCUACCUGGUCAACCAGACAAUGUGGUCAGUCUGUGAUUACCCUAAAGACGUGGUGAUGUGGCACGUUGUGCUGUUUUCCAUCCUCCUGGGCAUGGGCAGUAUUCAGCUGGUGCUCUGCGCCAUCCAGGUGAUCAACGGCUGCAUAGGCUGCAUCUGUGGAGACUGUCGGAGCAGCAAAGAUGGUGGUGGAGGACUGUAAAGGUGACCAUUUUCCUGCCGGGACCUAACUUUCAAACUAUAAACAUGAGGAUGUAUAAAAUCUACAAGAUGUUUGCUUAGAUUUAUUU